UUUUUCCUCGUCAGCCGCAUCGACAAAAUCUUUGCGAUCAUCGCUUUAAUCGGGGAUCGCAUUCGUGGUAUCUCGCGUUAGACUUGUUAACUUCUAAAGUUACGGUAGUACCUUAUGUGGUUUGCUGCGUGUAGGCUUUGCAAUAAUUAAUAUUUUGUCGUAAUAAUAGAUGAAGGUGGUCAACGAUGUUUAUGUAUAUGUAAGUUUUAUUUUAUUGUUGUACCAUCUGCUCAUCUAGUACAAUAUAUCAACUAUCAUUAUGAAUAAUCUAAAAUAAGUAUACGUGUGAAUAAAAAUGGGUGUGUAUUAGUUACCAAAAUAAUGGUCCUAACAGUAACCAGUGUUAGUCCCUUUGCCAGUUUUGGAUUACAAAAGGAAAACCACAGUAGUGGAGUUGGCGUCUCUUUGGUUACGUAUGCUGCCAAACAAAGAGCAUCUAUUAAGUGGCUACUAUCCAAAGCGUUUAACAAUAAAGUACCAGAAAACAUCCGAGAGCCGUUCUAUCAAGAUCAUGAGAACCAAGACCACCUCAAACCUCAAAUUGCGGGAGGCUUGGCUAACGCAGAAAUCUACUGUCGCGCAUUGGCAAACAUCUACUCCGACCCAAACUACCAUAACCUCAACCAUUGGGCGAUUUUGCAGACAUUGGCACGUAAAAGUGCACACAUCCCGGAGCCAUCUGACGGGUCACAGCUUACGGAAACCACUCUUAUUCAAACGAAUCCGCUAAGAAUGAGUGCCCAUAUGGCAGUGAUCGAGUCUAUAAUGAUCCUGUACGCCCGGGAAGUUGUAACCAGCGAUCGAGUAGUAGCAGCAGUGCAGAGAUUUAGCCACAGCCGAGGAGCACCGCCACGUCCAAUAUCUAGUCACGAACAAGGCGCCCUCUCGUGGAUUCAACAUGCUUGUGACGCUUUAAGAGAGAGGAUAGAACAAGAGUCGGGUGGUGUUGUUAAUGGAGGAGAGGGUGACCGUUUGAAACCACCGGAUUUCUCGCCAUGUCGAGAUUUGAAAGACCUUUGCGACGGUGUAGGAAUAGCGACAUUAGUGGCGUAUUAUUGCCCAGACGAACUCCCAUGGACCGAUAUUAGGAUUUUGCCGGUACCGUCUGUACAGGACAGCAUACAUAAUUUAAGGCUCGUCAGGGAUUUUUGCUUGCGCUGUUUACCCGCUUCAAUUUUUCAUCUACAACCUGAAGACAUUACUUAUUUAAGAGACUCCAUGAGACUAAACCUGAUGGUCUUUUUAGCAGACCUUUUUAACGUAAUGGAAAUCCACCCAGUGAGUUGUGUUCGUGAUAAAUUCAAUGGCGAGGGUUUCCCUACGCGCAACGCGCACGGGGUUGCGCACAAGCGCAAUCUAGUGCAUCCGGUCGUUGCUCCGAUACCAGAUCUGCGCAGUAGCCUGGAUGACCCUAACAACACUCUCUCCUUUCAAGUGUCAAAGACGCCUGCACACCUGCCAUUAAGAAAAUCCAAUUCGUUGCAACAGAGUCAACAGACGUUAGUUUCUGAAUUCAGUGAAGACAGUUUAAGAAGAGGAUCGGAGGAGUCAUUCGUCGUUCAUAGAGGCAAAAGUAUUCCUACAUUACGAUCAGUACUCGCUGAUGAUCCGUUGAUUCCAGCUAGGUUGAAGGUUAAUAAAGAACGACAAAACAAUGACAGUAAAUCAGACGAAAGAGGGGAAAUUCCGGCCGGUAGGCCGAGUAACUGGGAAGAAAAUAAGAAGAGCACUUUUGCAGGAAGAAGGAGUAGGAGAAACUCGACAACCGACGACUCUCAACUUACCAUCGAAAACUUUGGAGGCAGUCAGGAUAAUUUAAAUUUUAUAGGAAGGAAUCCUGAUAAAGAGCUAACAAUACACGUGGGUCGAAAAAUAUCCGCUCCAAAUUUUCCCAUGCCAGUGGAACAGAACGCACCGGUCCGAUCUACAUUGCAGGAUGCCAAGGGUUCUUUUCGCUUGGGUUACGAUAACGGCUGCGAAGAGAAGCCGGACGACGGCUCGGAAAAAAUACGACUUAAACGGCAGAUGAGCAGCGACGAUAUCACUAUGAAAAAGAACAAUUUAAUUAAAGACUUGGUAGAUGGGGAUAUUAAUAAUCGAAUGAGUUUUGCAGAUUUAGGAAAACAAAAACUUAUAGGUGAGAACAAAGGAAUACAAUUAGUAUACAUGAAUGAUAAAGAAGAGCAUCCCAUAAAAUCCAGUAUUUACAAUCAAGGAGGCGGAGGAGGGGCAGUAGGUAGUACAAACGGUGGCAAUUCAGAGAAGAAAACGUCGUUUGCAGCGUUACCAAAUCAAACCACGUGGCAGCAACAAGUGAAUAACGUCCAAAGCUUCGCCAAUAGUAGUAAUAGUCCGGAAAGUGGCUCUAGUAAUAUUAUGAAUUCUCAGCUUAAUGAUAUUAGGUUAAAAUUAGAAGAAAAACGUAGGCAUAUAGAAAGUGAAAAACGUAGAAUGGAAGUGGCCAUGAAUAAGCAACGCCAAAAAGUGGGAAAGGCUGCGUUUUUGCAGGCUGUAUCUAAGGGAAGAGGUAAUUUACUUAAAUCACCCUCAAAUGAUGCUGCCGAGUCCCCGAAAGACUCGGCGGCAGACAACCGAGACAAACAACCGAGUAUCACCCCUUCCCCAGCAUCCGUCCUUGCGUCCAGGCCUCAGAGGCCAUUUACUUUGCAGGAAAUAACAGACGACGCGUCUCAUGUCGAAAAAAAGUGGUUAGACGACGCCACACCGUUUAUUGAAACCAGACGAACACCAGAUUUAGAAAACAUGGAUUUGGAAACUUACCAGCAAUCCCUAGCUCAAAUGAAUUCUAGUCUCUCGGAUAUCCAUUUGGACAUCCAACGCUUGGCAGCUCAACAAAAUCAAAUGCAAGCGCAACAACAAGAAAAACUAAUUGCAGAACAGCAACGACAAAUUAUGCAGCUACAACAGCAAAACCAGUUCCAAACUAUGCAAAGGCAGCAGGCGUCACCUCCUCAAACUCAAUACUAUCAACCUCAAAAAUAUCAUUCACAAACUUACCCUAAUCCCUUGCAAUCAUCUGUCAGUGCCCCGCAUAUUCCGCAAUCGUAUUAUUCGUCCCAAUCGAGAAUACCCGAGCAGCAGUUUUUCCUCCACGAGAAUCCACCGCCUCCUGCAGCUGCUACACCUCCCAGAAGGACCUGGGGACAGCCUCAACAUAUGCAUCAGCCUCAGGUAGAUCCUUAUGCACCACAACAACCCGAAUUAAGAACGUGGGCUAAACCGCAAGCCAUAGGACCCUCGGAAGGUGGAUCUGAAGGUUUUGUUUUACAUCAUACCACAGAUCGAUUUAACGAAUCCCGCAAUGAAAAUCGUUUCCAUGAAUCUUCAAUUCGACCCAUAGAUAAUAGAUACCAAAAUGGCGACCAGGAAAAAGCAUUAAACCAUUCAAAUAGUUUCACUUUGAGCCAAAGGCAUUUGGAGCAGAGCCAUUUCAACACAUCUCAUAGCACACCUUCGGCAUCCCCACUACACCGUAGCAGCGUCCAUCGGCAAAUCUCACAGUUAUUGGACAAUGCGACCGUAUCGAAUAAAAGGCAGCAGGCGUCGUCUCCGGUCAGUUUGCAGGCUAUUGAUUCCGUGGGAGGUGCCACGAGAGAACGAAAAUCCAGUGUAACGCAUGCGCCAGUGGCUGCUCCUCCCGCUGAUGACAUGGAACCGCAAAAUAUUUCAUUUAUUGGUAACAGUGACGAUGCGGCUCUUACUGAAAGUCUUAGCAAAUUAAACAUAACAUCAGGAAGCCGCACUUAUCGCAUUCCGUCGCCGACGCGACCUUUAAUUUCUCGAAAUUUACCAUUCCAACCGUCCCCCUCUCCACCAAUUGUUGAUCCGUCGCCACCCCCUCAAGCGCAGGUGAGCAGUUUGGAUGGAGAUCCUAGUGCCGAAAAAGGUUUUUAUAUUAGUUUUGACGAUGAUCAACCGAAGAGGCCAAAACCUGCUUUAAGAAGUAAAAGGAAUUCGCCAAAGAAAGAACGGAGUUACGUGGAAACUCCUGAUGAAGCAACUGAAAGGCGGUUGGCUCAAGCUAGGUUGGAUAAAAAGAAGCUGCUUGAAAGGGAAUUAGAGGCAGAGAGAAUUAAGAGGGAGGAGGAAGAAAAUAGGGAAUUCCAAAUACAGUUAGAAAAAGAUAGAAUGAAAGCCAGACAAGAAGCUAGUCAAGAAAGGCAGAGGGUGGCCGCUGCCAGUGCUUUAGUUAUAGGUGAACAAAAUGAUACGGACCCAGAUCUAGUCGAUGAAAGGGAAAGGAAAAAAGAAAAAAUUAUGAUGUUAUCGUUGCAAAGGCGACAACAGCAAGAAGAAGCCAAAGCGCGAAAGGAGGCUGAACAGCAAAGAAGAAAAGAAGUUGAAAAGGAGAAAGAAGAGGAAAAAGCGAGAAGAAAAGAAGAGCAGGCGGCCAGAAGAGCCGCCAUUUUUGAGCAGUACAAGCUUAAAAAAGCUAUUGAGGAAGCUGAAAGAGAGGGCAAAACUAUCGACAGACAGGACUUAAUGUCUCUAAAACCAGCUCCGAAAAUGCGAGCGAAGGGAGCAACAAGGCCCAGACCAAAAACCAUUCACAUCGAUAGCGGUUCCGUCCAGUUAGCAGAAGGAAUGUCCAGUCGAGGCAGAAAAGGUUCAACGUCGAAUCUAACAGCUUAUACCCCUUCCAGUAUGAAGCGCGAUUACUACCGAGGUUCUCAGGAUAGUUUGGCUGAUCGCAGCGUUAGCAGUAAUAUGCUUUAUAAAGACUCUCCUGAUGACAGCCACGAUAUGUCAUCGCCAUGUCACAGUGCUCAUCAAACUUUAGGCCGUCGUAGCUCUUAUAAAACGAGCCGAGACCCGUCACCUGCCCAGAACCGCGGCAGAUCAAAGAUAUCGACAUAUCAAAACUUUAAGGGCCGCAAGUCAAGCUCGUUGAUGAAUUUGUACGGUUCAAGCACUGACCAAGACAGCAUGGCGUAUCGUUUUGGGGACACCGAUUCAGGGCUGGGUCGCGCAACUCCACCCCGCAGAGCGCCCUCGCCCGGCAUGGGUCUGCGUCAUUUGCCCUCGCCCUCAGGGCCCGGCAGCCUCCCAGGAUUAAUGACUAAAGGACGCCGUGUUUUUGACGACGGGUCUAGUGAUAUUAGUUCUACGCCGAGUAGCAUGAUGGAUUAUACAGGUCCUAGAUUGUAUAAACAACCGACAACAAAAUCCAACAGGAGCAUAAUGUUGAACGCCGUCGAGUAUUGCGUCUUCCCUGGAGUGGUAAAUAGAGAAGCGAAGAAGCGAGUCCUCGAGGAGAUCAAUCGAUCGGAAAGCAAACAUUUUCUAAUUCUAUUUCGGGACGCCGGCUGUCAGUUUAGAGCUCUCUAUUCCUAUUGUCCUGACACCGAGGUGGUCUCCAAGUUGUAUGGUACAGGUCCGAAGCUAGUUAAUGAUAAAAUGUUCGAUAAAUUUUUUAAGUAUAACUCAGGUGGAAAAUGCUUCUCUCAAGUACAUACUAAACAUCUGACAGUAACUAUAGAUGCCUUCACAAUCCAUAAUUCCUUGUGGCAAGGUAAAAAGGUAAAUCUGCCAAAUAAGAAGGAUAUGGCUCUCGUCGUUUAAUGAAAUUUUAAGCACCCUUCCCCCUAAUUGUUAUUAAUUAUUUAUCUUUUUCUUACUUUAAAGCUUUAUUAAAACUUUUUAAAUAUAAAUAUGUAAAACCGGUAGUCUAUAUAGGAAUUUUAUGAGUAUACAACUAAAUUGAUUGAUUUUUUGUUAAUUUUCAUUGCCUUAAUAUGUUUUUUAUUUAUUCUACUGGUACACAGGGUGUUGGUCGGAUUUGAGUGGCAUGUUACUAAUAUCGUUCAACACAGACCAAAAUUUGUUAUUUAAUAAUUUAGACCGAUUUCUGUUCGCAACGGCAUUUUGCACUUUUUUUUGAAAAAACACCCUAUGUAACGAGGCAAUGAUGCAGUCUGAGAUAUUAGCAAGUAUUAAUUUUUUUACCCUGAAGUCUUUUUUUUGUACAUGUGCCUUUUUGUAUUUAAAUCGGGUUGGGACAAUAACAUUUAUAGUAAAGACAAUAGAAAAAUGUUACAUAAAUAACCUUAUUUUUAAAAACUUAAACGUCCAAUUUUCACGUUCGUUAAUAUUAAAUCUGCACUAUUCCUAACUUCUUCUUUCUUAAAAAUACGUGUAUAUUUAAAUUAGCAAAGUAGGAGCAUUUUUUCUGCUGAUUAACAUUGACACUCGCACAAAUUUAUAAGUUAUAACAAAAGUAUAUCUUUUACAUAAGACAUUCUGUCUUAUUACAGCAAUCAAGUAGUUUAGUGACAUAGUUUCGUUUCUAUAAAUUUUAUCUGUAACAUAAAUCCAACAGGUAACAACUCCAGUCAGGUAAUCUUAGAGGUCAACGAACUGAUACUGAUAUUAAACUCUUAUAGAAUUCUUUGAAGAAGGAUGGGAGAUUUUAAAAAGAUGGCAAAUAUUCUGAACAUCAGCUUACUGAAACAAGUUACCUGAAAAUGUGCUUAUUUAUUCUUACAAUAAUCACAGACAUAACCAAGAAGGAAUGUAAUGAAAGUACAAAAGGCAGCUACCAAUUUUUACGACCAAUUUAUUACAUGCUGAUAUUUCUUUAAUUAUUUACUUAAUAUUGUUUUGGGCCAGCGUUUAAAGUUUCUUUCACAGAACAAAAUCAAAAUACACAUUUUUAGUAUACAAAACAAACAUCUGAAUGGCACGUAGACUAUUAAUGUAAUCUACAUGUGGUAUUUACUACCGCCACCUACGAACGAAUGUUUCUGUUAUUAUCCGCUGUAACAGCACUUGGUCCUUGUAUCAGGAUACUGGCAUUUACUUUAAAAUUACAUUAAUACUUUUAUAUUUCAAAUUAAACUGAAGUAAAUACAUAACUUCCUACACUAAGGAUUAGUUCUUACCUAGUAAAGGACUCCCCACAGUAUAAACACAAAUUGAUGCAGGAUUCCAUGAUGACUAUAUAAACCGCUAGAUCGGAAGGUCUCCCCUAUGCCAAGACCAACCUGUCAAAGGCAUUGGUUCUGGAAACUACGAAAGCGUCUUCUAUGGUUCUAGGAAAACAUUGCUGUCAUAAACCGCGCGUUUCUAUAUAUGUAAUCGCUACAAAUUAUUGAAUACAAAUUAAUAAAAUAUUAUUUAGGAUUAAAGUCCGGUUCAUAGUAAUGCAUCUGUCUCGUGGAAUUUUGUAUUUGUUUUAAUUAAGUUUUCUUCGCUUUUGAAUCAGGUUGGACACUAAAAUUAAAAUUAAGUUAAUUUUGAUUUUGUUUGACUAUUUUAUAAAUUCACAGCUUCCUAAACUUAUGCAGCAAAUUAUUUAUGUGGAACUCAUAGGAGCCUAUGCACCGCUAGACCGGGCGGACUAUCCUAAAAGUAAAAAUAUAGUGUCCAUUAAUUUUAUAGUGGGGUGUACAGGAUAUUUUAUCUAAAAAUAUGAUUUUUUUUAAAUAGUUUAAAAGUGUACCAUUUUAGUCAGUGGUUAAUAAGCAUCUGAAGAAUUUUGCUAAUUUAACUAUUCUCGUAUUAAAAAGUUAGCAAAAUAGCAGAUUAUUUGUUUAUUUAUUUAUUAGUUUAGACAGCGUUGAUAUCUCUACUUUUUUACUUGCAAAUUAUUUUCUUAUACACUUUAUUUAUUUGCAAAGAACAAUAUAUUCUUUCAAACUCUCCUGGCAUAAUUUAAAAAAUUAGGUUAUUUAUUUUAAUUUAUUCUGUUAUUUAUAACUUGAGCGUUUUUAGUUGUUUGCCCAACUCUAUACAAGUUAAGUGUAGUUUGUUUUUAUUGAUUUUUUUACUGUUCUUUAUUUGUGCCAACUGAUCCCUAAUGGACCUCGCAAAUUUUACGUAUAUUAUGAUAAAUAAUACUUAAUAUAUAAAAAGUAAUAUUGAUUUUCUUGUUUUCUUUUGUGGUUUUUAAAAGAAUUUAUAUAAAAGCAAUUAUCUACAUUUAUCAAGGACGUCUUAAACGGUAACAUUCUUUAUACAGCAUACUUUUAUAUAAAUAAAUAAAUUGUUUAGGUAUAUCCUACCUAAAAUAUUUAUUUAUUUGCUAUUUAAAAACUUAAAAAGAAACCCAAAUAUUUUAAGAAAUUGCAAAUAAAAAUGUACGAAAACCGUUUAUAGAUUCAUAUUUUUAGUACUGUCCAAAGUUAUUUUUACAUAUUUUUAAUAUUCAAAUAUAACAUUACUAAAAAGUUCAAAUAGUUUCUUGUCUCUUUUUUUAUAUUAUACAGUAUAUUUCCUAAUUAAUUAAUUAGGAAACCAAAAAGAAAUUGCAUUAAAAAAAAUCACAUAUUUCUAUUACUUUGAGAUCAAGAGUAUUUGAUGUGUAAAGAUUGUUAUGUACACCAUUUGUAAAUUAACUUCGGAAUCAAUUCUUUGAAUAAAUUUAUGACAAUCAUGUCUAAAGUAUGGUAGAAGCAAAACUAAACUUAAUAACUACCGCCCUAAAGUGCUUGGGUUGGGUUGGGUUGAGCAAACGAUUUUAGUGAUAGAGAUCGUAAAUGAGUAAAGUUUAUGUUCUGUUAAUAUUCUUGUGGAAGAAUUCUGAAUUAAUUUUGGAAGUCAAAUUUAAAUAAGUACUCGUUUAGGUUUCAAUAUAAUUUAUUGAACAAAAAGAAUAAAUUUACCAGUUUUGGUUGUCGCCUGAAACUUGUUCUAGAAUAUGCUUUGCUAGACCUGCAAAACAUUAUUUCCGGGUUAUAUAAACUAACCAUAUUACAUUUAUACAAAAGAGAUUUUGACACUGAAUCUAAUAUAUUUUCUAGACGAACUGUAUGCCAUAGUUUAAAGUCUAACUGCCCAUAAAUCAUAUAAUUUAGUUCUAUUUUAUCGCCUUACACUGUUUACUUAUUUAUAUAAUAUAUAUCUAUUAUAAACGUAAACUUUGCGAUGGUCCUUAAACGCAAAUCUGUAAAAAAAAACCCUAAGAAAAA